UAUUAGCACUAAGGUACAACUCAUUCCACAAUAUUCAGUGUGCAAAGAUAUUUAGAAGGGAGCAUUUGCGAAAAAACCAUCUGUUAAUUACAGCAAUCCGAAUGCCAUCAUGAAGAUUAUCGGUGUUUUCCUCAUUAACCUUGUGGCCUAUACCCUCGCCGCCCAGGAAAUUACUGUUAAUGCUACAAUAGAGAAGGUUGAACGACAGAUAAACAAAUGGCUCCUCAUAGUAACCGCCGCCGAGGAUGUAAUUUUAUCAACGACUGUUCAGAAGCCCAUCACUAAUGAGGCUGAUUUAGCGAUCGAGUACAAGGUCGUGGAUAAGAGUGAUAAAGUGUUGGGUGAGGGUUCUGGUCCUCUCUGCACUCAUCCCAAAUCCAAGGACGGGCUUAUGGUGCACCUGAUGGGAAAAUUUCUGGGUAUCAAUUUAGAAUGUCCCGUGAGAGAGAAAACGGGCGAUCGUCCUUUAAUGGCAAGCGUUCUGGACAUUGCUCUCGACGAAAAACCAGAGGAGAUGGUUCCCCUGUGCAUUACACUCUCCAUUAAGGAGGAAGGCACUACUAUUGUUACUUUAACCCUUAUGGCAAUACCUCUGUAAUAAUUAUCCAGACAUAAUGAAUAUAUUGAUUUGCAAUCUUGUACGGCCAUUAGAUGUGCAGAAAAUUGCAUGGGCUGACCAUGAGGAUAAUCAUAAUAAAGAUAAUGGAGAGUGGUA